AUGGAGUCCGCUCGUCCCCCACCAGCAGCUCCAAACAAAAGCAAAUUAUCCCAAACGCUUAAAAGAGCGAUUCUCCCCAAAAAGUCCACGAAAAAUCCCUCGUCCCCCGCCGGAUUCUGCCUUCCGAUCAUCGCCGACGGUAAGAAAGCGAGAUGCUUUUUCGAGUCCCACCGGAAGCACCUGGAGAGAGAGAGCGCGGAGGAGGUGGAGGAGUCCAGGGCGAGAGCCUUCGUGGCCAGGCUCUUCGCCGCCGUCUCCUUCAUCAAGGCCACCUACGCCGAGCUCCAGACGGCGCAGCUACCGUACGACGCCUCCGCCGUGAAGACCGCGGACCAGGCUGUGGUCGACGAGCUGAAGUCGCUCUCGGAGCUGAAGCGGCGGUUCCUCAAGGACCAGAUCGGCUCCUCGCCGCCGCACGUGACGGCGAUGCUGGCGGAGAUUCGGGAGCAGCAUGCCCAGAUGAAGAUCUACGAGAUCACGAUGAGGAAGAUGCAGGGAGAGAUCGAAAGGAAGGGGCAAAGCGCGGCCGCGCUCAGGGAGGAGCUGGCGGAGCUCGCCCGGAACAACCGGGCGGCGGAGAAGAAGAUUGCCGCCGCCGGCGGGUCGUCCUCGGUUCUCGAUAACAUCGGGUUUUCGGACUUCAAUCCGACCAAUUUUGUUCUGGUUUUGCGGUACGCCUUGAAAUCUGUCCGCAAUUUCGUUAGGGUUUUGGUUAGGGAGAUGGAGGCGGCGAAUUGGGACAUCGGCGCCGCCGCUAACGCGGCGGAGCCCGGCGUGGCGUUUGUGAAGAAGGAUCAUAGGGCCUUCGCUUUUGAAUCGUUCGUUUGCAGAGAGAUAUUUGCAGGGUUCGAUAGACCCAGUUUUUCGAUCGAGGGUGACAAUCGAUUUCCAGCCGGCGAAACUCGCCGGCGGCGGGCCUUCUUCGAGGAUUUCCGGCGUCUGAGAUCGGUGGGGGCGGCGGAGUAUCUCGAUCGGAACCCUAAUUCGGCCUUCGGCGAGUACCUGAGGUGCAAGUACCUGAAAUUGGUCCACCCUAAAAUGGAAUUUUCGUUUUGGGGGAACUUGAGCCGGAGGAAGACGGUGGGCUCCGGGGGAUUUCCGGCGGGGGAGUUCUUCACGGCGUUCGCCGAGGUUUGCCGGCGGGCCUGCCUCCUUCACCUCCUGGCGUUCUCGUUCGAGGAGGAGGUCCGGGUAUUUCGGGUGGGAAGAGGUUCCAGGUUUUCCGACGUGUACAUGGACGGGGUGGCCGACGGCGGGGCCCGGGUGGCAUUCACGGUGGUGCCGGGGUUCGAGUUUUCCCGGACGGUGGUGCAGAGCCAGGCGCCCCGACGGCUGAGACAUUUUUUGAGAAACUUUUGGUCCUGCCCGUCGAACACGCUCCGGGCGGCAGCGGCGCGUGUGGUCAAAGUCAAACAGUGGAGUGGACUCAAAUUUGGUGGGGCCCCACACGCGAAAUCAAUUCGGGAUUUUUUAAUUCGAACUGGAUUCUGGAUUGGGGGCCCAGGGAUUUAA